AAGUGCAAAGUGUGCACCGGCUAAUCUGUGGACUGCACCAGAUAAAGUCAAAGAUCAUAAACUUGGCAAGUGCAUACACUGAACUGUAAGAUCACUUUGACUUCCAAGAACGAUAGUGUAACGUCUCUGUUUCAGUGGGGUCGCCAUGAGACUGGUUCUUCCUAACCCAGGACUGGAUCACAGGAUCCCUUCCUAUGAGGAUCUGGAGAGGAUGGAGAAGGAGGAGGCUGGGGACAGGCCCAAGUGGGACAACAAAGCCCAGUACAUCCUAACCUGUGUGGGCUUCUGCAUUGGGAUUGGCAAUGUGUGGCGAUUCCCUUACUUGUGUCAAAGUCAUGGAGGAGGUGCCUUUUUGAUUCCCUACCUGAUCCUGCUGGUGCUGGAAGGAAUGCCUCUCCUGCUGCUGGAGUUUGCCAUUGGCCAGCGUCUCAGGAAAGGCAGCGUGGGAGUGUGGAGGGCCAUCAGCCCUUAUCUGACUGGUGUUGGCAUUGCCUCCAUGCUGGUGUCCUUAUUGAUUGGACUGUACUACAACACCUUAAUAGCCUGGAUCAUGUGGUAUCUCUUCAAUUCCUUUCAAGACCCGCUUCCUUGGACCCAGUGUCCUCUCAAUGACAAUGGGACAGGAUUUGUACCAGAGUGUCAACAGAGCUCCACUGUGGAUUAUUACUUUUACCGAGUGACUCUGAAUAGUUCGGCCUCCAUAUCUGAGUCUGGGGGAAUCCACUGGCCCAUAGUAGUCUGCCUGGUAGCUGCCUGGACCGUCAUCGCUAUCUGCUACAUAAGGGGGAUCGGCACUUCAGGCAAGGCGGUGUACGUCACAGCCAUCCUGCCUUACAUAGUGCUGGCCAUCUUCCUGAUCCGAGGACUGACUCUUAAAGGCGCCCUGAGUGGAAUAAAGUUCCUCUUCACACCAGACAUUGAUGAGUUAUUAAAACCAACAACUUGGCUAGAUGCAGGUGCCCAGGUCUUUUACGCCUUUAGCUUAGCAUGGGGAGGCCUCAUCUCUUUCUCAAGCUACAACCCUGUUCACAACAACUGCAUGCAAGAUGCUGUGAUCCUGUCGGCCGUAACUGGCUUCACCUCAGUCUAUGCUGCCACAGUCACCUACACCAUCAUUGGCUUCAGGGCCACAGAGAAAUAUGACAACUGUAUCAGUGAAAACAUCAUGACAUUAUCAAAUGCAUUUGACCUUCCUGAAGACAGCAUCACUACAAGCAACUACGAGGCAGCCUUUAAUCACUUCAACAGCUCCUCUCCCGAUAUUGUUCUUGGAUUGGACAUCAAAACCUGUGACAUGCACAAACUUCUCAGUGAGGGAGUGGAGGGAACAGGUCUGGCCUUCAUUGUGUUCACAGAAGCCAUCACCAAGAUGCCUGGUUCUCCAGCCUGGUCUGUCCUCUUUUUCAUCAUGCUUCUCUGCUUGGGACUCUCAACCCUGUUUGGCAACAUUGAGGGAGUGGUGGUCCCACUGAAAGACCUGAAUAUGUUACCUAAAAAAUGGCCCCAAGAAGCACUAACUGGAGUAACAUGUGUUGUCGCCUUCGUCAUCUCCCUGUUGUUUGCGCAGCAUUCAGGGAUUUAUUGGCUAACUCUCUUUGACAACUUUGCUGGAUCUGUUCCACUUCUGACCAUCGGAUUGUUUGAGAUGAUAGCUGUUGUUUACAUCUAUGGCAUAGACAGGUUCAAUAAGGACUUGGAGUUCAUGGUCGGACGUAAGCCCUCCAUCUUCUGGCAGGUUUCAUGGAGGUUCAUCAGUCCUCUCAUCGUUCUGGUUAUUUUAGUUUUCUACCUGGUGACACAAGCCCAAGAAGAGCUCACCUAUUUGGUCUGGGAUCCCAACUCUGAGGAGUUUCCAUCUCUGGCAUCAGUACCUUACCCUUCAUGGAUAAACGCGGCCAUCUUUCUUUUGGCGGGAGUCCCCAGUCUGGCAGUGCCUGUGUAUGCAUUAUGUCGGCUGGUCUUUGUUUGCUGCAAGAAAAAAAAUGAAAUCCAGUGAAAAAAUUAGCCAAAUUUCUUAAAUUGAUUAAAACGUUAUAAAAUUCAUAAUACAAUAAUAUUAUUUAAUGUGUUGUGUUACUUUAUAAACAAAAUAUUGUUUAAAUUAUAACUGCAAACAGUGGUUUCAUAUUUAUAUCCAUCCACAAGUUCUUAAGGCACAAUAUUGAACUUUUAUUGAUGCACUUUGGUAAAUUGCUCAUAUAUUUGCUCAUGUUUUGUGCAAUUUCAUUGCUGCCCUAUAAAAUAUCUGUACUGUAUCUUUCUUUACUAGAGACAAAGACAGAAUAUACUGUUUUCCAACCAUCCAUGUUCUAUGCCAGUCGUAUAUAAUGUCUUACAUUAAUAUAGCAGGCUUGUGAGUUUUGCCAUUAAAAUAUUUUUGUCUCAUUGAAAUGUAACAUUAUGUUAAUUUCUUACAGUAUUUUGCCUGCAUGGCAGGAAUUAUCAACAACUUGGAAUAACUUUAAUAACUGAACAGACUCAUACCUGAUGACCUGAGAGGUCUGACUAUAGUCAGUGAGCAGGUCAGAAAUGUAUUGGGGACUUUCUGUUAAUGAUUGAAGAUGUAGGUCUGCUUUCUUUUAGUGUAGGUCCCUGUGUAAAAACACCUGUCAAUCAGUUUGGAAGCGAUAGCAGUUUAAAAUCUUGUGUUUGGAAUUUUGGUGAUGGUGCAGCUCCUUUGGAUACAUUUGGACUAUGGAUUGUGCCUGUUAUUUAUUAUUUAUUAUAAUUAUAAUAAAUAAUAUUUUUAUUAUUUU